UCAGGUGAUAAGUGAGAAGAGUCUUCACGGUUAGGGAGGCGCAGUGAUUAGGCGUUCGUUGCACCAUGCAAUUGCUGAUCAUACGGCAGGCUUGUGAAACAGAAUAAUUUCUCACAUAUAGUACUCACUCAGUAUUUUUUUCGCAAAUAAAAUUCUUUUUACUCUUGUCCUCACAUACCGCACUUUGAGCCAAUAACAUUUCGCAAAAAAUACUAUAUAAGCCGAAAAACAUGUCUAUCACUCUACUAUGCCUCAUUAAAGGAAAUACUCUAGCGAACGCUUUUCCUGUCGAUAUAGAUAAGGACCAGCUUGUUGGCCACCUCAAAAAAGUUAUUAAGGCAGAGCAACCGCAAACUUUCGCUAAUGUUGACGCCAAAGACCUGAAACUAUGGAGGGUGCCAAUCUCUGACGAUCACGACGAUCAGUUGCGGAAUCUUUCACUUGAGGAUAGUGACGAGCUGUUGGCAAUAAGAAAAAUUUCGAAAUACUUUCCAGACUCACCUCCCGAAGAAUGUAUUCAUGUCUUAGUCGAGCCACCAGAGUCCACCGCCACUUCAGAGGUGUUGAAAUUAAGAGAGGAAGUCGCCUCGUUGCAGGCAUUACUCAACAAGUCCGUUGCCUUCGACGUUGUUGUUAGUCCUAAACGAACGAAGGGUUUCAAGUGGACCGUGAACAUCGAACAAGCGACCCUCGAUGGCCUCAAAGAACAUAUACGUAAAAUGGAGAAACCACCGGCACUCGAAAAUGAUGGUGCGGUGCUAAACAUAGUAAAUGAAAGCGGAAAAUACUCUCCUCUAAAUGAUCAAGACCUUCGUGAAAUGCUCCAGCUGUUCGUGUCAAAUAAAAAUCUCAAGUUUACCGUAUUCAUUGAGACUCCCUCGAAAGCUUUUUCGGAUUGGACUUUCAGUUCAGUUUGCCAGCUUUACGGUCUUAAUGGUGAAACAGAGGAUCCGACAAUGACGGUGUUCCCAAAUUUUUCGUGCGGUAACGUUAAGCCAUCUCAGGAAUCGCUGGAAGGACUUAUGGCAGAAUUAAAAUCCCGCCUCGACAACACUCCCAUCAGUUUACUUUCAGUCGAAGCCACGAAAUCAUUAUACGUCUAUUCUUACCUGCUUGCUGGAGCGAAUAAUUUCAAGGGGAAGUUUGAGAUCCGCCCUCAAAAAGUUAUUUCUGGACCGAAUGGACAUGGACCUCUCGAUUUCGCAAUUGACUUAUGUCAGACAGCAAAAACGGUUGGGGUCACGGAGGUAAAAAAAGAUGAUUUUGUGAAAGGUGUUGCUCAAUGCGCAGUCCAGCUCGAAUCAUCCGAUAGUUACUGAUGCCGAAAAAUUUUAUUUCAUGGAAUGUUCGAUGGAUGAUCAAGAUAGGCCAAGCUUCAAACUAUCAAAACCAGUGACCGUUGUGUA